AUGAAUCCCAUCAGAUUCGUUGUACUUAAUCAGCAAUGGAACGAAUUCAUUGUUCGCUUAGAGAAACUAUCGUAUUUGUCAUCUCAAUAUGAAAAGAUCAGUUUGCAUCAAAUCGACUCAACACGAUCGUUGGAAAAACCAAUUGAACAUACUCCAGUCGAACACAUGAAGAAACCUGAACAACGAAUGACUGUUGGUUACGAAGAAAAGGACGAUACAGAAUUAUUUCUGAAAUCAGUACAAGAAUGGACGAAGAACGUUUUCGAAAAUCUUUAA